AAUCCAACACAAAAGGAGGAAAGAAAAUAACCCAAACCCAACCUCCCUCCCCCCCCAACCCAAAAUCUAAAACCAUGAAAUCUGUGUCUCCAGCCCGACCAAUCACAUCCCUUCGAAAACUCCCUCCCACCUCUACCUCUUGCUCGAAAAUCUCCGCUCUAGCCAAUGUCGCUACGCCUGCGCUCAAUUUCCGGGUUCCACGACACCCGAUUCGCCGGCGGAAUGAUAUCCGGAAGCCCCAAACAGCUGUAAGAUCUCAGUUUUCUUCAAACCCACAGAGCAAUGAAGACCCAGACGCCCAAGUUCAAGACCUUGUGGUCCCACAACAUUGGUUGACCCCCUCAAAGGCCUUGGAGGAAUCAGAGUGGCUGAGGGUUACUUUGCACAAGUGGUUGGACGACGAGUACUGCCCGGAACCAACCAAUGUCGAAAUCAGCAAGAUUGCUGCUCAAUCAUUCUACAAAUCUUUACUCCAAAAACAGACGGAUUUGGGUGAGAUUUUGUUGAAGAUGGCCAUAGAAUUGGAAUCCAUUUCGUACCAGGAAAGCUUCCACGGCGCGUUCUCGUCAGCCAACGCGGCCGUGAAUUUGAUUUCCCAACGGAUAGAGCAGGCCUAAUUGUCACUCAGUCCAGUUCAAGGUUUUCAAAAUUUAUCUUGUCCUGCAUUUCCUAUGUAAUGGUAGUAAUGUUUUCUCGAAACGUCUGUCCUUUUAAGCAGUAAGUUUUCUGUAAAGAACGGACAUCCUGCAGAGAGAAUCUUCGAUAUAAUGAAUAUAUGUGUAUCUCCUUGCAAA